GAGCCCACCAGACCCGUCCUGCUACACUGAGCCGCCGAUCACUCGCCCAGAAGAUUUCCAUGCACCCACCAGUAUUCAGGGAAUCUGAGGCCGCGCGUUUCUUUCCUUAUCAAGCCCGGAGGCUUGACUUUCCAAAGGGGGGAUCUGUUUUGGAGGCACACGCACGGAACUGGACACUACGCGUGAUUUCAACGUGGUCAGUGUGUGGGGAAAUUACUUGACAUUUCGUGACCCUUUCGUUAUAGCCAUAUUUGGUUAUAUGUUGAUGUUUUGUUUUGUUGGUAGUUUUUAAGCAUGCUCCACAUCUUGCAGUCAGUUAGGGCGUAACAUAGUUUUAGAGACAGCGAGACGUUGCCGAUUAAUUUAAAAGACGUUAUUUUAGCCGAGAAGCCGACGCCGUAAUAGUAAAUAAAAUAGAUUAAAGAUCACAGGAGAAAGAAGCAAGAUGUGGAGUAGCAGAAAUUAGACGAGUUAAAGUUAGUGUUCUGUUCAUGUUGCUGAACUGGUUGUUUUCUUCGUAUUGUCCUCUGUCCACGUUUGGUGUGCUCUGCGUCAAUUUGCAUAUCCUACUGCACUCAGUCAACGGUAGGAUCCUGCGCAGAUCUUGUGGAGACUACGCAGACUUCUCCUAUGUAGAGCUGGAUAAAGUUUUGGAAGGAGAGAAAAUAAAAACGGUGAUUGUUCCAUCCGAAGAAGAAUGCGAACUUGCCUGUGUUGAUGAGCUGCAAUGCAAGUCAAUAAACAUAGAAAAGAGUAAGAAUGCCAGAAGAUGCGAGCUCAACAAACGCUCUACUGCAGAUGCUUCAGACGGGGUAGCACUAACGCCAAGGUCAGGUUGGGUGUACAAGUCUACGAGCUACACAGACAAUUUGAUUGGGCACAUGUGCAGGAAACUCGAUCCAUGCGAACCGGAGCAUUUGUGUCUCGAUGUUUGCUAUUCUCCCGGUUACAAGUGCACCCACUGCAAAGAACUUCCACUUGGCAUGCCGUGUGUAAGAACCAUCAGUAAUAUUGCAUUGGGGAAGCAGACUUCACAAUCAUCGCUUUAUCCGAAUGGAUAUAGCAAAAAUGCAGUGGAUGGAAAGAGAGCUAUGAGCUGGGGUUCCUACCCUUACUCAUGCAUGCACACACUAGGGCAAAAACCUUGGUGGUCUGUAGCCUUUGCUGGAAAUGCAGUUGUGUAUUCAGUUACAAUAUACUCAAGGACAGAUUGCUGUUUUGAACGAGUCAGUGGUCUGCAUGUAAAGCUUGGCAACAAAAAUGCGCCCAAUAAAAAUACAAUAAUUUGGAUUACAUCCACUUUUUCUUUAAGUCAAACAAAGGAAACGAAAGAAUUCAGCCAACCGAAAAACGGAAAGUAUCUUUAUGUGGAAUCGCAGUAUAACACCUCUCUGGAUUUUUGUGAGGUUGAAGUGAUGGGAUACCUAGAAUAAACGGUUUAGGCAUUAAACUUUGAACAUGUGUUUUAGGCUUUUCAUUUGUUAAAGUUUAUCGUACUGCAUUUUUCGUUAAUUUGAUGUGUACAUUAUUAACUAGUAGUUUUAAAGUUAUUGAUAAUUUGUUUUUGACGGUAUUUCGUUUUCAAUAAAACUAAGACCCGGUUUACACGAGACCGGUUCCAAAAAGAUCCUUAUCCAUUUGAGUUCACUUCCUCCUGUUCACACGAGACUGCCUCCAAAAAAGUUCACUUACGCUUUCUGUUCACACGAGACCUGAACUCAAGAUCAUUUGUGAAAGAAAGCUCAAAACACUCGAGUCGAAGGCCCCUAUUACCGUGAAACAAAAGUGAAAAGGCGCCAAAUUCGCUUCGCUUUCGCUUUAUUUCUAAAGUUACUCCACCAGGUUUCUGUUCUCCAAGGCAGUGGCGGAUUUAGGAAGGGGGGGGCAACUAGAAGCAAUUGCCCUCCCUCGCUUAGUUGAACCAAGUCUGGCGCCCAUUUUUGGAAAUGGUUUGGCACAAUAAUUGUGAAAAUUUCCUUUAGAAGGUGAAUAGGGAGCCUUCUGACAGUAGUUAAGGUCUGAAAUUGUUGUAUGCAGCGUACACUCAUCACAAAUUUCUGAAAAUUUUUCAGCGCCCCCAGUACCAACUGCCCCUCCUUCAAAUUUGUUCUGGAUCCGCCCAUGCUCCAAGGCCCCGUCCGGAAGGUUUUUCUCUUCUAUUUCUUUUCAAUUCUCAGCUUGUGCAAAACGAUCAUGUCGUUUGCAGCUCUGCUCUGCUAACGCAACCAACCUGUUUUGUCGAGUUCGAUUAACCUUUGACAUUAGGGUUGCGAACAAGAAACCAAUGCUGACUGACUGACAUGCAGAGAAACAAAGCUAUGCAAAGUUUAAAACAUUUAAAGUUCCUUAUUAUCGCACGAUAAACAGGUUAUGCUUUUAAGUCAAGUUAUUCUUCUUACCUUCUAACUAUAAAGUUGUCUAUAGCUAUACAUACCUGUUUUUGACAAGUCUGAAGCAAUACUUUUUGACAUUGCUUAAAGUAGACUACAUUGUUUUGAUUUCUCAAUUAAGAACGUGAACAUCGUAAUAACAAAUAAGUUUCAUCAAAUGAGGGUUUAUCUUGUUCACUCUUUUUAAUAUUUAAAAUGUAAAAGGCAUUUUGAAAAAAAUUGAGCUUCGUGCAUUAAUCCGAUCUCAAGAUCGAAAGGCACUCUUGUAAAGCCUUGGCCAAACGAUUCGAUUUUUCGCUCGAUCUUUCUCUCGACAUUUGAUCUCAAAAUCGAGCGAAGUCGAGCAUGGGUGGCCAAACGAUUCGAUCUUUCGCUCGAUUUUUUACUCGACUUUCUACCCACGCCAGCAAAAUGAAGGCAAAGAAACGCAAAUCGGCUGCCGUGUUUAUCUUCCGUGCAAAUAUCCUUUUACAAUCUCUUGACGAACUCGAGCGACAUAAGACCCUGUUCGUUCGUUUCAUGCAGGAACCGCCAUUAAAUACUUAUUUCGGUUAAGCAAAUUACUAUUUUCAGGCAAAACUUUGUUUCUUUUGAUUAGUUCGAUUCUUAAAAUGGAGUUCAUCACUUAAAAAGGUCCUCUGGACCCCGAGGCCCUAGGGUAGUAUGCUUCCCUGCCCAGCAUAAGGCAAAAUUUUGUUUCUUUUGAUUAGUUCCAGUCUUAAAAUGGAGUAGGUAAUUUUGUUAUGUUUAGGGCGGCGCGUCCCCAUCAUUUUCACCCUUUUGGAGAAACCCUUGACAAUAGAAGCUCGAUCCAGUCCUAAUUUAGAUGACUUUGUUAAAGAUUGCCACGAUACUCGAUCAUUUAACUGUUGCAAGGUCGCCAGGUGUACCAAAUCGUCUAGGCACACCGUCGCUAAUAUAUAAAUCACAGCACUAAAUCGCAAAAUAAUAAUCACAAUCCUCAUAUCAAAUCUGUCAGAUUUCAAAUCCGAAUAUAAAAAAGAUGCCAGCAGUACCGUCAAGAAGGGAGGAGGUUAGUCGGGGUAAACUCCCAGGGCCCAGGUCGUAAAGGCCCGAACCAGUCCAUAUUUAGAAGCAAGCAGAUACUUGUCAGGCAACACCUUGACAUUAGAAGCUCGAGCAUUAGAUACCAGCAUGAAUCAAUACACUGACAGAAGGAGCUCCACCCAAUCCUUAUCAAUAUUCCAGCAUUAGCUGGGCUGUUGUCAGGAGUGUUUAGAAAGGGGGGGGGGGUUUAAAACAAUGUUUUGGCACAAAUUUUGAGGGCUCCACGGUGCCUGGCUGUUAUCAGCAACUUGAUCGUAUAAGCUCGAUCCAGUCGUACAAUAGAUUGUGGAUGGGAUCGAAUCGACCCUUUAGCAGCAUACCUUUUUGAGAAUAAAGAUUCAAUAUACCUACCGCAACGUUCACUUGGUGAUCUAAAUUCUAAACAG